AUGUCAGCCAGAAAGGGCUAUCUGCUCCCUUCGCCAAAUUAUCCCACAACAAUGUCAUGCUCGGAGAGCCCCGCCGCGAACUCUUUUUUGGUCGACUCGCUCAUCAGCUCCGGCAGAGUCGAGGCCGGCGGCGGCGGCGGCGGCGGCGGCGGCACGGGGGGCGGCGGCUACUUCGCCCACGGCGGGGUCUACCUGCCGCCGGCCGCCGACCUGCCCUACGGGCUGCAGAGCUGCGGGCUCUUCCCGGCCCUGGGAGGCAAGCGCAAUGAGGCGGCGUCGCCGGGCGGCGGCGGCGGCGGCGGGGGCCUGGGUCCCGGCUCGCACGGCUACCCGCCCGCGCCCCUAGACCUGUGGCUGGAUGCGCCCCGCUCCUGCCGGAUGGAGCCGCCGGAGGGGCCGCCGCCGCCGCCGCAGCCCCAGCCGCCGCCGCCGCCGCCCCCGCCGCCGCAGCCCCAGCCCCCGCCGCAGGCCACGUCGUGCUCCUUCGCGCAGAACAUCAAAGAGGAGAGCUCCUACUGCCUCUACGACUCGGCGGACAAAUGCCCCAAAGGCUCGGCCGCCGCGGCCGAGCUGGCCCCCUUCCCGCGGGGCCCGCCGCCCGACGGCUGCGCCCUGGGCGCCUCCGGCGGGGUGCCCGUGCCCGGCUACUUCCGCCUCUCCCAGGCCUACGGCACGGCCAAGGGCUACGGCGGCGGCGGCGGCGGCGGCGCGCAGCAUCUGGGCGCCGGCCCGUUCCCCGCGCAGCCCCCCGGGCGCGGCUUCGACCCGCCACCUGUGCUGGCCCCCGGCUCGGCGGACGCGGCCCGGAAGGAGCGAGCCCUCGAUUCGCCGCCGCCCCCCACGCUGACAUGCGGCGGCGGCGGUGGCGGGGGCUCGCAGGGCGACGAGGAGGCGCACGCGUCGUCCUCGGCCGCCGAGGAGCUCUCCCCGGCCCCUUCCGAGAGCAGCAAAGCCUCGCCCGAGAAGGACGCCCUGGGCAACACCAAAGGCGAAAACGCGGCCAACUGGCUGACGGCGAAGAGCGGCCGGAAGAAGCGCUGCCCCUACACCAAGCACCAGACGCUGGAGCUGGAGAAGGAGUUUCUGUUCAACAUGUACCUUACGCGAGAGCGGCGCCUGGAGAUCAGCCGCAGCGUCCACCUCACGGACAGACAAGUUAAAAUCUGGUUUCAGAACCGCAGGAUGAAACUGAAGAAAAUGAACCGAGAAAACCGGAUCCGGGAGCUGACAGCCAACUUUAAUUUUUCCUGAUGAAGCUCCAGGCAAUGCCGUUUCGUUUUUUUGUUUGUUUCCCCCCCUGCUUCCAGAGAGCCAUUCUCCUCCCUCCGUCUCCGGCCUCUUCCCAGGAACUCGCACCUGUGCGGGCGCCCCUUCCUCCCUCCCACACGCGCCAUCUCGCUGGCCAUUACAUCAGUGCAGGGCUGGUCGGUUCUGACGUUUUGUUUCUUUGUCUGUUUGCUAGGUGCUGAUUUUUUGUUGUUGUUGUUGUUGUGUUCUGGGGGAAAAGCCAUAUCGCUCUAAAAUUCUAUGUAGAUAAAGAUUGUCCUUAAGUGUCAAGUGCGAACUGGGAUGGUUUGUCGGCCGGAUUACUCCACUGCUCAAAAUGGCCCCUGUGCUCCCGGUGGAGCUGGUUUCCUGCGGGGGGCCGGGCCAGCCCAGCCGGAAGGCCCAGGUCCCAUUGUAGGCGCUGAGGUGUCUGGCCUGAGGUCAACGGUGCAAGGAGCCACCAGCGGGCUCCCUGGCCUGAAGCACUGGGCUGUGUUUAAUCAGGGGAUACAGGCCCUAGGUUUCUUUUUUCUUUCUUCCUUUCUUCCUUGGCAAAGAGAAGGGCUUAUGGGCAUGGGCAUACAGGUUGACAAAAGGGCUUGACUUUGGCUGAUUGGAACAUUGAGGGAGUCAGAAAGAUGAAAUGUUCCUUCCUCUGUAAGAUAUCCCAGCUUAAAAAGAAAGAAAGAAAAAAGAAAAAAAAAUAAAAGACCAGGAUAAGGAAACUCCUCUUCCAGUUUGUGCAAGGUCUUGCAUUGUGGGACUAAAUUAUUUCCCUUUCCUCUGAAUUUCCAUAUCCUCUGGCUGUAGAUAAAUAAUCUGAUGUAGUUCUGUUUAUACAUGUGGAUUUAGUGGAUUUUUGUCAUAAAGUAAUCGUUACCACUGGUAACACACGACAAGCACACCACAACUCUCCCUAUCUUGUGGAGGUUUGUCCCCCCCCCCCUUUU